AUGAUGGUUUAAUAUUUAAAAUAUAUAUUCGUAAGGUGAUAAGUUAAAAAGUGUAUUAAUGAUAUUAAUAUAUUAGUCACGUGAUCAAGUUAAAGCUCCGCCCUGUGACGAAACAGCCGUCGCCAUUCCCCAGCAUACAUGUGUAUAUAUGUUUAUAUGUAUUUCUAGCUGUAUAUUUGUACAAAUACACACACUUAUGGGAUGUUUUGAUCCAACUAAGGUUGUAGUUUGUGUUCAUGUUAGCUUGAAUGAUAUCAACAGGAUCGACAUCAUCUCGACAUGUUCGGACAUCAACUGGUGCUGUGGAUUCUCUGUGGACACAAUUUAUUUUUGGGUUUCGUUUACUCCAGAACCAAACAGUCCGAAGUCUUCACUGACAUGCGGCCCACAUCUGGACAGGUGCCCAGGUCCAACUCCUGCUCACACAGAUGUUUCGAGCUGCUUGAGGUGGAGCCGCCCAACUGUCGCUGUGACAAUCUUUGUAAGACCUUCAACAGCUGCUGCUCUGACUUCGACCAGCUCUGCCUCAGGACAGCGGGUGGCUAUGAGUGCAGCAAAGAUCGCUGUGGGGAGAUGCGCAAUGAACACCAUUCUUGCCACUGCUCAAACGACUGUCUCGCCCGAGGAGACUGCUGCACCAACUACAGGACACUCUGCAGAGGAGACACUUCUUGGCUGCAAGAUGAAUGUGAAGAUAUAAAGAAUGUUCAAUGCCCUGCAGGAUUUGUGCGCUCACCACUCAUCAUUCUGUCAGUGGACGGUUUCAGAGCUUCCUACAUGAAGAGAGGACAUACUGUCAUACCUAACAUUGACAAACUCAGAACAUGUGGAACACAUGCUCCGUAUAUGAGGCCUGUGUACCCGUCCAAGACCUUCCCCAACCUCUACUCAAUGGCGACGGGUCUGUAUCCUGAGUCUCAUGGAAUUAUUGAUAAUGCCAUGUAUGACCCCGUCUUUGAUGCCACCUUCACGCUGAGAAGCAGAGAGAAACUGAAUCAUCGCUGGUGGGGAGGACAACCUAUCUGGAUCACAGCUCUCAAACAAGGAGUGAAGGCCGGCACUUUCUUCUGGCCUGCUUCUAUUCCACUGGAAAGGCGGAUACUGACGAUGCUACAGUGGCUCCAUCUUCCUGAAGUCGACAGACCCUACAUUUACGGCCUGCACUUUGAGCAGCCAGACAUAUACGGACAUAAGGUGGGACCCAUGAGCAUGGAAUUGAAUAAUCCUCUCAGACGGACCGACAAGAUUAUUGGUCAACUCAUGAACGGACUGAAGCAGAUGAAACUACAACGAUGUGUCAACAUCAUGAUAGUUGGCGAUCACGGUAUGGAAGAAGCACAUUGCGAUCAGACCGAGUUCCUCAGCAACUACUUGAAUAAUGUUGAUGACCUCAUUCUUGUUCCCGGAUCGUCGGGUCGAAUACGCCCCAGAUUCAGCAACACAAAAUAUGACCCCAGGACCCUCGUUGCAAAUCUAACGUGCAAGAAACCAGAUCAACAUUUCAGGCCUUACCUUAAGCAGCAUCUGCCGAAGAGACUGCACUACGCAAACAACCAUCGCAUUGAGGAUGUACAUCUGCUGGUGGACAGGAAGUGGCACGUUGCCAGGAAAGCACCUGAAGUUAAAAGACUUUGUGGCUUCUUCGGUGACCACGGAUAUGACAGCAAGAUCAAUAGUAUGCAGACAAUUUUCCUGGGAUAUGGACCUUCAUUCAAAUUCAAGACUAAAGUUCCAGCCUUUGAAAAUAUCGAGCUUUAUAACGUUAUGUGUGAUCUUCUCAGUCUAAACCCAGCCCCUAAUAACGGAACAUACGGAAGUCUGAACCACCUGUUGAGAAACCCUCCCUACAAACCCACAAUGCCAGAGGAAGUUUCCAAGCCGACCACGACUGUUUAUGAUCAUACGCACGCCGAUGAACUCGGCUGCAGCUGUCAUUACAAGUUGGGAGUGAAGAGUAGAGGCCAGAGAAGUUUGAAAGUGACGAUUGCACGAGGCUAUAAUCUGGAGUCACUCUGGCUCUGUCUCUUACAGAACCAGGUGGAGGAGCUCAACCUGCGACUGAUGCAAGCUAUUGAUGACAGUAGGAAUUUGCCCUAUGGUCGACCUGCAGUACAGUACCACAGCAAGUAUUCCAUUCUGCAGCACGCUGACUACAUCUGUGGCUACAGCAGGGAUCUGGCGAUGCCUUUGUGGACGUCAUACACGCUUAACCGACAGGUCGAAGUGUCUGCUCUGCCGGAGAUGAAAUGUUUACGAGCAGACUUCAGAGUCCCAGCAGCCUUCAGCCAGUCAUGCAGCAACUACAAGGCGAACAAACUUGUCUCUUUUGCCUUCUUGUAUCCACCACAAUUAUCCAGGGACAUGAAGAGAAAAUACGACGCUCUAUUCAUAACCAACACUGUUCCAAUGUACCCUGCAUUCAAGAGGAUAUGGACUCAUUUCCAGGGAGUGCUUUUGAAGAAAUUCGCCGGAGAAAGAAAUGGGAUGAACGUUCUCACUGGACCCAUCUUCGAUCACGACUCUGACGGCAUCAUGGACUCCAUUGAGAAGAUUCAACAGUUUGCACGCGGUUCGAUGCCCAUCCCAACUCACUUCUUUGUGGUUCUGACCAGCUGCUUGGACUUCAGACUGGCUGCAGAUACGUGCGCCGGUCCUCUCAGUUCUGCCGCCUUCAUCCUGCCACACAAAGCCAACAACGACGAGAGCUGCGACAGAUCAGACCGGGAGUCCACCUGGGUGGAAGACCUGAUGAAGAUGCACACGGCUCGAGUCCGAGAUGUUGAAAUCCUUACAGGUCUGGACUUGUACCGCAGAACCACUUUGAGAUAUCCUGACAUCCUCUCACUAAAAACAUUUAUGCACACUUACGAGAGCGAGAUCUAACGUUGACGCCGUAUAUUUUGUUUCUACGUGGACUUUUGUGCUUGCACUGAAGUUUGCAUUCAUCACGCCUUUUAUGGAUUAAAAAAAAAAAUUGGUUUUAUACAACACCGCUCAAAAUUUUGGGAUAUCACUUGCAAAUGUACUCGUUUUCCCAGGGAAAAGGCAGAAAUUUCUGCAAUUCACAAUUAUAAUUACUUUGAUGUAUUCCUGUGAACUCAGGACCUUUGAGUCUGAAGAGCAUUCUGAAAUGUAUCAGACCAGAUUGUCAUAGAACGGGGGUGUCCAAAGUGCGGACCGGGGGCAGCUGACUUUUUUAACAUAAAAUACUAUUACAAAAAAAAGCAUAAGUGUAAUAAAAGAGCUAACUGGUGAAAUGUACCGUAUUUCCUUGAAUUGCCGCCGGGGCGCUAAUUAAUUUAAAACCUCUUCUCACGCCGGCGUUUACCAAGAGCAUGCGGUAAAGGUAAGCAUGCGCUAAUUAUUUUAAAAUCUCUUCUCACUCCGGCACUUACCAAAGGCAUGCAGUAAAAAUUUGAGUCUGAUGUAAGGAUACCAUCAUGAAAAGCACAUUUAAUUAAAAAAACACGUUAUUAUGUUCUUACCUUUACUUAUAAAAAAAUCCACGCUGAGCUCCUUCUGAUCAAAAGCAUGAUAACUUGUUUAUAAAAGUCUUCCUUAUCUUUCUUCAGUUUUAAAAGUCUCUCUGUCUCGAUGGAGAUCUUCCUUUAUUACCUCCUGCUUCGAUUGAAAGUCCAGUUUAGAAAACUGUUUUAUUUUAGAUAUGUAAUCCUCCAUGUUAAAAGUGCAAGCGAGAGGAACAAAUAAACGAUCGCUGCUUGUUGUCACUUCUUCUGCAGCCGAGUAGUCGCAAGAAGGAUCACUAGCGCCCUCUACCACCAGGAGGUGGUAGUCAUUUAAUGACUCAUAUUUGACACACACAGCUACGGUAUAUUAAUAAAACAUAGCUGCUUUCUGUUCUUUUUAGCAUAUUCAAUAGCUUGGACCUUAAAUCCUACUGAAUAGCUCUUAAUAUUCUUCCCUUUAUGCGAUUUCAAAUGAUUGAAAUCUGCCUCCUCCAUUUUGAAAAUGAUGACAGGUGAAGUGUCACUCGUGACGUGACGAGUUUGACCCUGCGGAAAUUCUAGGCAUAUGCUAAUUAUUUUGCGAAACCAGUUUGACCCGGCGGAAAUUCUAGACAUGCGCUAAUAAAAAUAAUAUUUUUUGACUCAGCGUUAAUCCUGCUAAACCAUGCGCUAAUUAUUUUGCGAAACGAAUUUGACCCCGCAGUAAUUCUAGGCAGGCGCAUACUAUAUACCCGGCGGCAAUUCAAGGAAAUACAGUAUGCUGUCUCUAAAGGGGAACUGCACUUUUAUUUUGUUAUUUUGUCUAUCAUUCCAAAUCCUUAAGACAAAAACACAUAUGUUUUUAUUUUUUUAAUACAUUGUAAAUCGUAAAAUACGACAAGUACGAGACAGCUAACAAUGCUAAUGGUGGUAACUCUUGCGCCCUGUAAAAAAAAUCUCCAAAAACUGCCAACAUUACUCAAUUUAUAUCCCGUUAAUUGAAAAUGUAUCGCAUGAUUGUAGUAUUAGCGAUAUAACGCAAAGGAACUAUUUUUGGCAAGGCUGUGAUCACAGUGAGCUAACUGGCUUAUGCUGCUAUUUUGAUAUUUGGAGCUGCUGCAUCGCUUCUGUGUUGGUGAAAGUUAAUUCCAGAUUAUAAAUAAUGCCUCUCACCUGGAUAGUAGAAGGUUGUGGACAUAAACCGAGAAGUUUGUCAACUUUGACGUCCAACUUAGACUCGGAGAAGAUGCUAGUUUGCGGCAACUUUGAAAAAAAUGUAGUUUUACCUGUAGAAGGAUUCUGUCAUGACCUGUGGUCCGUAUCAUUUUUUUGUUAUGUUCAGUUAGUUUUAGACUCUAUUAGUUCCUGUUUUUGUGCACCCUUGUUUGUUUUAGUUACCAUGGCGACUUAUGAUUUUCACCUGCCUCUGGUGUUUGGGACGCGUACCUGUUUCCAAUCAAGAUACAUGAUUUAAGCCCACCUUUGCCAGUCAGUCGGCCUGGCGUCAUUGUUGGUUUCAUGCCACAGUUAUGUUAGUUGUUUCAUGCCACAGUAAGUCUUGUUUGUACUAUGUCCAUAGUUCAUGCUAAGUGUUGGCGUCUAUGUUUCCCGCGUUAAGUUUUUUUGUUCUUUAGCCUCUCGUGCAAACUGCACGCUUUCCUUUUGUUUUAGUUCCUGUCUUUUGUGAUGUGUAGGAUUAAUUAAUAAAUAAUUAUUUUCCUUCCUUCAA